UAUAUAAAGCAGUGGUUUUGCAGCGGCUAUGGCUACAUAAUAAUAAAGUUAGUUAUAACAAAAGAAUUUGGAGAAAAUGGCAGGUUCAUCAGAAGAGGGACAAGUAAUCAGCUGUCACAGCGUUGAUACAUGGAACGAUAUCCUUCAUAGGGGCAAUGAAUCUAAGAAACUGAUUGUCGUUGAUUUUACUGCUUCUUGGUGUGGACCAUGCCGUUUCAUUGCACCAUUCCUUGGUGAGCUAGCUAAGAAGUUUACAAAUGUCAUAUUUAUUAAGGUGGAUGUGGACGAAUUAAAGUCUGUUGCUCAAGAUUGGGCUGUUGAGGCUAUGCCCACAUUUGUGUUUGUGAAAGAGGGAACGAUUUUGGACAAAGUGGUAGGAGCAAAGAAAGAAGAGCUGCAGCAGACAAUAGAGAAACAUGUGGCAUCAGCCAAUGCUUAAUUUUGCUGUUGGUUUUGUUGAUAGCUUCACACCUUCAUUUUCAUUAUUAUUUUCAUCUUUUAGUGGACUUUUUUUUUUUAAUUGCACCGUAGAGCUUUAUAUAGGCCAUGACGUAUCGUCUAUGACUAUUGAAGUCUUGAUUUUGUCAUUUCUUAAAUAAUUGUGGGUGAUGAUGUUAUAUUAUUCAUUUUUAAUUGACA